AUGGUUGGAUUGAUGGGGUGGGGACUUACAGAGCAAGGCAGGAGAAAGGGGCCUUGGACAUCUGAAGAAGACAAAUUGCUAACAGAAUAUGUUACUCUGCAUGGAGAAGGAACGUGGAGUUCUGUGGCUAGAUCUGCAGGUUUGAAUAGGAGUGGCAAGAGUUGUAGGCUAAGAUGGGUGAAUUACCUAAGGCCUGGCCUUAAGAGAGGUCAGCUAACUCCUCAGGAAGAGAGAAUAGUUAUAGAACUCCAUGGCUUCUGGGGAAAUAAAUGGGCUACAAUUGCUAGAUGCUUGCCUGGGAGAACAGACAAUGAGAUCAAGAACUAUUGGAGAACUCAUUUCAAGAAAUCUUCUAAGAGUCGGGGAAAGAGAAUUCGUUUAUGCCAACAACAAAAACAGCUGAUCAAGAAGCAAGCCCAGCAGCCACAGCAGGAGCAGCACCAAAAGCAAGAACAGGUGCUAGUUGACAUGAAGGGGAUUCUAUCUCAACUCACAGAAGGUGAUUAUAGAUUGUCCCUGUUUCAAGAGGGAACUUGUAAGGGUGACACCAAUGGAGAGGAGAGCUUCUGGGGUGGCUUGUGGAACUUGGAUUUCUUCCCAGCUGGAUUGUUUUCUGAGACGCAUAACAACAACAACAACAACAACAACAACAAUAACAAAGUUGCCUCACAAAAUCAAGUUUGUUCACUCUAA